AUGCAGACCCGGGGCCUAAUUGUGUUGUUGAUGUCUAAGGCGGCCGGACAUCCGACCACAUCGAUUGACUUCAUAGACGCGCAAUCGUCGGCCGGCAUAUCCCAACGCCAACGAUCACUGGCAGAGAUGACGGAAAUGAUAUAUUCAGCGCAUCUCAUCCAUAGAGGGAUCCUUAACCUCCAGCCCAGUCUGUUAUUGCAGUCCAAAAAGGCAAUGGAUCUGCACUUUGGCAAUAAGAUGUCUGUACUGUCGGGCGAUUUCCUAUUGGCCAGUGUAUGGAAAGGUUUGGGCGAAUUGCGUGACACGAAAGUGGUUGAGCUGAUGGCCACAGCUAUUGGCGACUUCAUGGAGGGACAGUUUGUCAUCGAAACCGAGUCAGUGGUUCCCACUAUUAAUGCCAACAAAGACUUCUGGGAGGAGAGAAACUUCCUUCGCGUGGGCAGUCUUCAGGCCAAUAGCUGUCAAUCGGCUCUCCAGUUGUCCGGACACGAGGAGAGUCUGCAACUCAAAGGCUACGACUUCGGCAAGAAUAUAGCCCUGGGAUGGCAGGCCUUCACAGAAUUGCAGCCCUUUAUCGACUCAUAUAUGCAUCCGUUGAAUACAGCGCCCACUUUUGAUUUAAGGUCAGCGCCGGUAGUUCUGCACAUUGAGAAUAACGGCGCCUCACUUGACGAGGUAGUGCUGGACAAGAGUGGUGACAGUGGGGAUGACAUCCAACAGCAACAGCCACAGUAUGACUUCCAGAAACUACAUUCACUCGUGCGGAAUGGCCCGGCUAUUGACAAAACUCGACAACUGAUCCGUGAAUACACCGAUAAAGCGCUGGAAGCGUUAGAAGGCUUUCCCAAAUCGGAUGCCUCCAACGCGUUGUCUAAUAUCGUGUUUGCCAUAAGAGAGCAAUAG